AUGAUGUUGUCCUCUGACCUCGUGGUGGGUCUGAAGUCAGUGGUGGAGCAGUUUCCAGAUAAGCUGGACUUCGUGCUGGAGGACGGGGGGUACGUGCUGAGUAACGGACACAAACAGCUGCUGUGCCUCGCCCGCUCCAUCCUGAGCAAGGCCCGCAUCCUGCUGCUGGACGAGCCCUCCUCCUACCUGGACCCAAUAACGUUACAGGUGCUGAGGAAGACGCUGAAGCACUCGUUCUCCGGCUGCACCGUCAUCCUGUCCGAACACAGAGUGGAGCCGCUGCUCGAGUGUCAAACAUUCCUGAUGAUCGAGGGCUCCUCCAUGAAGCGCUACGACUCCAUCCAGAAGCUUCUGAACGAGACGAGCCACCUGAAGCAGGCGAUGAGCGCGGCCGACCGCCUGCGCCUCUUCCCCACGCUGCACCGCCUCAACUCCAGCAAGAGGGCGGCGCCGCAGCCCAUCUGCUCCCUGAAGGAGGAGGCCGAGGACGAGGUGCAGGACACACGCCUCUGACAGGCUCACACACACACACACACACACACACACACACACGCACGCACACGCACACACACAUACUCCAGGACACACGCCUCUAACACACACACACACACACUCCAGGACACCCGCCUCUAA